AAGGCGCUGUGACGUCACGUGUCCUGUCAGCGGCCACUUCCUAUUUAGUUCCCCGCCGCGCCGGAAGUGAGUAGGGGCAUCCUGCGCUGUGCUGAAACUGAGAGGCGGGGAGAGCGAGACACAUACCGGCAACAUGCUGAUUAAAGUGAAGACACUGACUGGGAAAGAGAUCGAAAUUGAUAUUGAGCCAACUGACAAGGUGGAGAGGAUUAAGGAGCGAGUGGAGGAAAAGGAGGGAAUUCCUCCACAACAGCAAAGGCUGAUCUAUAGUGGAAAACAAAUGAACGAUGAGAAGACUGCUUCCGAUUAUAAGAUACAGGGUGGUUCGGUGCUACAUUUGGUCCUUGCCCUAAGAGGAGGCUGCUGAAAGAUGACUAAAAUUUCUUACAUAGUCUGUUAUGGAUUUUAUUUGUGGAGUUAUCACAUCCCUGUGGUCUUGCAGUUUGGGACUGCUCUCCACAGACAUUUUCCGUCUUCUCUGUAAAAUAUUUGAGAUUAUGUUGUUGUGCAUUGUUUUUGUUUAUCCUCUAAAUAAAUGAUCCUCAGAAUUCCCUGUUUUAGCACCAAUGCAGCAUUA